UUUCUCAUAUCUUAACUGUUUACAAAUUUCUUGUAUGUUUAUUUUGACAUUUGAUAAAUCAUACACUUUGCAAAUUAUAAAACUUCUGCAUUAUUUGUUGCAAAAGGUAAAACAAAACUAAACACCCGGAUUGGUAAAAUCAAAAAUAAAACCCGAAGGCUUUCGUAAUGGCUAAAUUCAAAUUUGAUAUACGAUGUAUUUUUACUCAACCGGUUGUAAAAAUUUCAUCAAAUUUGUUGCCUCACACAUUUCGUGGCGAUAGAAGAAUGGCCAUGGAUGUUAGUUCAAAGGUGUCUGAAAUCUUAGAUCGCUUGGGGGAGCUUUCGGCUGUUGCACAGAAGCUAACGAAACCCAUUACAUCAGCUCAGAAAUUGCGGGUGUCCGAAAAUCAAACAGUCUACCUUAUGGCUGAUAUAAAUGAUUAUGAUGGAGAUACCAUUAUAGGACUUCUAAAAGUUGGGACCAAAAAUUUAUAUCUAUUUGAUAGUUUAGGACAGACAAAAAAAAUUGAUAAAGCGCGUUGCAUAUUGGAUUUUUACAUUCACGAAUCGAGACAACGCUCUGGACUUGGAAAGAAGCUAUUUGAUAUAAUGCUUGCGGAAGAGAAAUGGACCCCAAUCAAAUGUUCUGUUGACAGACCAUCCGAAAAACUAGUUCGUUUUCUAAAGAAAUACUAUGGACUCGAAAAUAUUAUUCCACAAACGAAUAAAUUUGUUCUCUAUGAAGGAUUUUUCGACGAUGCUGAGCAAGAGGACAGGUCAAUUAUUGAAUUUUUCCCUACUACGCAACUAUAACAUUUCAAAGAAGAACAUAAAGAAAUUUCGAAGGAAAAUAUAUCCAUAUAUU